CAACAGCUGCGCUGUGUCAUAGAAAUGCAAAAUAUUUUUUUAAUAAUCAUACUUGGACAUUUCUUGGGCGCCUUCUGUGCAACGGACUUCUGCAAGUACAAUUGUGGCAGCAACAAGAACAUUGGCUGCAACAACAAGGCGGCCUGGAGCACGGCAUGUCCGCAGGACAAAACUCUAAUCACUUUUUCGGCGGCCGAGAAGAACGCGAUUGUGGCCAAGCACAAUGAGUACAGAAAUAUCGUUGCCAGAGGAAACGAAAAAAAUCUACCACCCGCCUGUCGAAUGGCCACCAUGCAGUGGGACGAGGACCUAGCUUAUUUGGCAUCCCUCAACGUUAAAAGCUGUGCUAUAAGACAUGACGCCUGCCGCAACACGAAGUCCUUUCAGUGGGCCGGCCAGAAUCUGGCUUGGGUUACUUCUAACAACAAUAUAAUGAAUGCAAAUGAACUGGCCCUAAAAUCCAUUGGUAUGUGGUACGACGAAAUAGCCCAUGUCAAUCGGGCGACUAUCAUGGCCUAUCCCCUCUCAUACAACGGUCCCACCAUUGGCCACUUCACCGUCAUGGUCAGCGAUCGCAAUACGCACGUGGGCUGCGCCGCCUCCACCUAUUCGGCCAAUGGCCAGGGCUUCAAGGCCUUCCUCAUGGCCUGCAACUAUGCCACAACCAAUAUUGCCAAAAUCAAGAUCUACAACUCCUGCUCAGUCCCGGCCAGCAAAUGCACCACUGGAGUGAAUCCGCAGUAUAAAUUCCUAUGCAGCACCAAGGAAGCCAUCAAUGCUAACAAUCUUAACUACUGAGCAAUGUGACAAAAUUAAAUGAAAUGA